GCGAGAGAUUGUGUGGUGUAUCAUGGGAAAAUAAAGUUGUUUGCAAUCACAACCAAGUAAACAGAAGGGAAGAGGUGCGUGAAGACCUAGGGGGAAAGAUGUCAAGCUUUCCUGCCUCCGCCUCCAAGAGUUUUAGCUCGACUCCUCUAAAGACUUACCAGGACAGCGGCAGGGAACUGCACCAAUCCAAGAGUGUGGACUAUGACUCAACAGGCGACUCCACCUACUCUCUGCUCUCCCCCCAUCUACCAUGACAGCUAUGAGAGUGAUGAGGACCUGGCUGCAGCUCACCACGUACAUCAGAUUGACACCUCAGCCACACAGAGUGAUGACGCCAGACCCCUCUCACCCAUCAGAGAUGAUCCACAACAGAAGCCCCCAGAGAGGAGAGCAGUAACUGAGGCGGAGGAUCCAGAGGCAUGUCUCUCUGCCUGGGAGAGGUGGCUGGUCUGCAAAGCCAAAGAGGAGAGACUCAGAAUAGAAAAGAAAGCAGAAGAGGAGCGCCUACUGAGGGAGAGGAAUGAGGAACAGGAGAGAGAGCAGCAGAAGAAGAAGAUGGUGGUGGAGGAGAAGAUCCAGGAGUGGCUGCAGAUGAAGAAAGAACAGGAGAAGCAGGAGAAAUUGCUGAAGGAGAGCAAAGAGCAGAAGGAGAUGCAGAGGCAGCAGCAGAAGCAGAGGGAGAUUGAACAGAAAGCAGAGGAGAAGUACAGAGAGUGGCUACGGAGGAAGAACCUGGAGAAAAUGGAGAGCGAGAGGAGAGCGAAGGAGGAGGCAGCCAGCAGAGAGGCUCAGGAGAGGGAGCGCAGACAGAGAGCAGAGGAAAACUUUAAGGAAUGGCUUCGUGCCCAGGACAAGAGCCGACCCAGUCCCAAUGCACCCGGCUGCCCGCGAGGUGGCUAUGACAAUGUAACGUACCCAUCUCCCAGCUUCUACAACCCAAUCCCAUGGAAGCCCAUCCACGUCCCGCCACCAGAGAAAACACCAGUGAAGAAGACUUCCCAUAGGAAACGGCCAAGUCAGCCCAAGUACCAGAACAGCCCCAGCAUCCCAUUCAGACUCAGAGACACUGUAAGCUCGGCAGCUCGCCUGCAGAGGAGAUGACAGCUCCAGUAGAGGUUCACCUUGGACACAGAUCUAGAGUACUAUCCUCAGAUCUAACCUCUGGGGAAACCACAAAACUGACCUUAGAUCAGUGUUUAGGCGCUUUAUGGUACUGUGAGAGGACACAGGGGAGGUGACCAUGCUAAUGUACAUGCCAGGGAUCAUCAACUUUUUUGAGUGGAUGAUCAGGUGGCCGGAAUAUAAUUACAAAUCAUUUGUAGACUACAAAUGGACCGCAAGAAGCCCAAACCGAUAUAACAUUUGACCAAAUAAAAUGGGAUAAUUUCAAACCUUGCUUACAUUUGAAUUAGAUCACAAACAGUAUAUCUCUCUUUUAUGCAUGUGAAUCUUUUGAAACAGAUUGCUAAAAUUCAAAUAACUUGGAGCUGAUUUGCUGAUGUUUUCAGUCUUUUAUGUCCAACAAUAAUAAAAAUCACCUGCGGGCUGCUAGUUGGUGAACCAUGGUAUAGGUAUUUCUGUUUUUUUUUUAAAAGUUUUAAUACAUUUGCAAUAAAUUCUAAAAACCUGUU